CAGAGGGCAUCCUAAUUCCUUGUGUCCAGUCCGGAUUCAAACAGAUGUUUAUUUGUAGCCUUGGUAGCUAAACUAACAAGAUCAAGUCAUUAAAUCGAGGUCCAUAAAUGUCGGAUUUUGAUGAAUUCGAGAGACUGUUGACUGAAAAUAAGAAAGAGCGGGACAAGGAGAAUCGGCGCACACUGUCCCGCAGUCGCAGCCGAGAGAGGAAGAAGAGGAGCUGGGAAAGGAGGAAGAGCAGGGCAAGCCGCAGCGACAGCAAGGACCAUCAACACAGGCGCAGCACACAGACUCAAAAACAAUCCCCAGAGACUGUUGUGAGUCGCUCUCCAGCUCUGCACAGAGAGAAGAAGAAAGUGAGGAAGUAUUGGGAUGUUCCGGCACCAGGCUUCGAGCAUAUCACCCCCCUGCAGUACAAGGCUAUGCAGGCAGGGUCAGGCAGCCAGGGAAGACCAGUCUACGGAGCCAAACACUGGACAACUGCUGGCCAGGUCCCAGCCACGGCCCUACUGCCCACCAUGGUAACUCCAGAGGGGCUGGCCUCCACCCACACUUCUGUACCUGUGGUGGGCAGCCAAAUGACCCUGCAGGCCAGGAGGCUCUACCCUUUGCAGAUCAGUGCUGUUGUAGGAAAGGAGGCCAUUGCAGGGUUGAAUGGGAUGCAGCUGGGGGACAAGAAGCUCCUGGUCCAGAGAGCCAGUGUCGGGGCCAAGAACGUAGCUCUGACAGGUAUGAACCAGACCCCGGUGAUCCUCCAAGUGCCAGGCCUGAUGUCCACCUCCAUGGCCUUGCUGGGUGGCCUGCCCACUGAGGUGCUCUGCCUGAUGAACAUGGUGGUUUUGGAGGAGCUGCUGGAUGACGAGGAGUACGAGGAGAUCGCGGAGGACGUCCGCGGUGAGUGCAGCAAGUACGGCCAGGUGAAGAGCAUCGAGAUCCCCCGACCUGUGGAUGGCCUGGAGGUCCCAGGCACUGGGAAGAUCUUUGUGGAGUUCAUGACCCUGUUUGACUCCCAGAAGGCCAUGCAGGCGCUGACAGGCAGGAAGUUUGCCAACAGGAUGGUGGUGACCAAGUACUGUGACCCAGACGCCUACCACCGCCGAGACUUCUGGUAGACCUGAGAACCAGAGAGAGGGAGAGAAGCAGAGUUUCAUGUUAUUUAUGUAAUGAUAUGAAUAUUUAUGAGCAUCACAACAACUCAACUUUUUGCACUUUUUUAAAGAGGAGGCGUAGAAAGUUCAUUUAAGGCCACUUAUCACUGUGAAAUCAGCAGAAAAAGUAUUACUUUUGUCCUCGUCGCUUAUAAUUAUUAUAUUAAUUAUUAUUAUAUUAUAUUUCAUUCAAUGAAUCAAGUUCAAUCAUGAUUUUAACCAUUUAUUUUGUCCAUGCCUGAACCUCAGGUACCAGUUGUUUAUUGUUACACCAAAUGACCAACAGUAUGUGAACACCUGCUCAUUGAACAUCUCAUUCCAAAAUCAUGGGCAUUAAUAUGGAGUUGUUCCC